UUAUAAACUUACCACUUAUCUGAUUGUAGGUUUAAUUUUACUUGCUAAACGCACAGUAUAAGCAAAGCGCUACUAAUUCCUGCGGCUACCGGAAUUAAUUGUAAGCGGCCACCGGCAAUCACCGGUAUAUACUCCCAGUUCCCAGUAAUCACUGUAUAACCUAACGGAAAUGGGUUGCCUUGGGAUUGCCUUUUGGAUUACUGCCAUUGCAGUGGUCUAUGGUCAGUAUCCCCCGUACUCCGCCGGUCCGGCCUACCCGAAUCCUGGUCAGCCGCCCUUGUAUCCCGGUCAGAACCCUGGACCGGUGUACCAUCAGUGUUUGCCACGGCCCAUUCUGACAUGCGGCCCAGAUCGUAACUAUUAUGAUCCCAAUAUUUUGAAAGGCACGUGGUACAUCUACCGACAUCUGCUGACCGGCGUUAAUGGGAUCAACCGCAUAUACCGCACCACCAUCCUGGCUACCACGUCUAUGCCGGGUAUGACGAAUAUUCCUGCUGUCGCGCAACGCACCGCCAUUUCCUGGUACCCGACGUCCAAUGACACGACGUGCUCGAGUAUGGAUUUUUUGGGAUUCAUCGCCUGGAACGGGAUCCAGGUUGUGGAUGUCUACCAGGAUGUUAGACCCAUCACUACUCGCACGUACUGCACCGUCUAUCUAAACCAGGACCAAGGUUUAUGGAUUCUGUACCGCUGCGAACAACCCAACCUGUCCACCCAAUCGUGUGACGUACCGCACGUGGAUGUCCGUGUGCGACAGAACCCCAAAGAUUUCCCGCCCGGAAAAGCGGCACAAAUCGACAAUCUGCUCAAUCAGCUAUUCGGCCCCUUCUGCAUUCUGGCUGAACAGAUUCCCUUAUGCGAAUACACCGCAUCCAAGCCCGACUGCCCGGAGAAUCCGCCCACACCCGAUGAGCAGCGGAAGAUUGACGGGAUGGCCGCCACUAAAGCAUAAAAACGGAAUUACAAACGAACCAUGUGUUUCUGAUGGUGACUUAUUUUUGUCUGAGCCAUAAAGUAUAAAAUUAUAAGCUUUCACAUUUCGUUUACGCAUUUAAGUAGGCUAUUUAUGGGGAUUGGAGAAGCUAAGUUUUUAAUUUGUUGCGCUGCGCUAAAACAGUAAAUUAUAUUUACAGUAUCUCUCAAAAAUUUUACAUAUUAUUUUAGGCUUUCUAAGUACUUAGGCAUUAAAGCCCGGUUAAACACAAUUACCUACGUGGCUGGCUGGCAAAUAAAAA